AUGACUGCUCCUCUCACCAAGUUCAAGGCCGCCGCCGUCACCUCCGAGCCCGGUUGGUUCAACCUGGAGCUCAGUGUCCAGAAGACCAUCCACUGGAUCAACGAGGCCGGCAAGGCGGGAUGCAAGCUUGUUGCGUUCCCCGAAGUCUGGAUCCCGGGCUACCCCUACUGGAUGUGGAAGGUCAACUACCAGCAGUCGCUGCCUAUGCUCAAGGCGUACCGCGAGAACAGCCUCAAGGCCAACUCUGAGGAGAUGCGCCGCAUCCGUAGGGCCGCGAGGGACAACAAGAUCUUCGUCUCGCUCGGUUUCUCCGAGAUCGACUUCGCCACCCUGCACAUCUCGCAGGUCAUGAUCGACCCGGCGGGCGAGAUCAUCAACUUCCGCCGCAAGAUCAAGCCCACGCACGUCGAGAAGCUCGUCUACGGCGAUGGCGCCGGCGACACCUUCCAGUCCGUCGUCGAGACCGAGCUCGGCCGCGUUGGCCAGCUCAACUGCUGGGAGAACAUGAACCCCUUCCUUAAGUCUCUCAACGUCUCUGCUGGCGAGCAGGUCCACAUUGCCGCGUGGCCCGUCUACCCCGAGGCUGCGACCCUCAAGUACCCCGACCCUGCCACCAACGUUGCCGAUCCCGCCUCGGACCUCGUCACGCCCGCGUACGCCAUCGAGACGGGCACCUGGGUCCUGGCUCCCUUCCAGCGCGUCACCCAGGAGGGUGUCAAGAUCAACGCGCCCCCCGGAGCCGAGCUCGAGGACUGCGCCAUCUACAACGGCCACGCCCGCAUCUUCCGCCCCGACGGCACGUGCGUGUCCAAGCCCGACAAGGACUUUGACGGCCUGAUGUUCGUCGACAUCGACCUGAACGAGAGCCACCUCACCAAGGCCCUCGCCGACUUCGGUGGCCACUACAUGCGCCCCGACCUGAUCCGUCUGCUCGUCGACACGCGCCGCAAGGAGCUCGUCACCGAGGUUGACCAGCAGGGCGGCAUCGGCGUCUACUCGACGCUGGAGAAGGUUGGCCUGCACCUGCCGCUCGACCCUCCCAAGGAGGAGCAUCCCGGCCUUGUCGGCGCGACCAAGCAGACCAACAACGGCAAGCCCGACGCGGCCAAGUUUGGCGGCAAGAUCUAA